AUUAAGAAGCCAAAGCCAUCCCCACCACACACCACAGCUUAAAAGCUAUCAAAACCAUUGAAAAGCCUGAGAUAAUAACAAUGGAAGAUAUAGAGCACAGAGUGAUCCAUGUCAACGGCAUAAACAUGCAUGUAGCCGAGAUGGGUCCAAUCAACGGUCCAGUAAUUCUCUUCAUUCACGGAUUUCCCGAGUUAUGGUACUCUUGGCGCCACCAGAUUGUGGCCAUGGCCUCUCUGGGCUACCGGGCGGUGGCGCCGGACUUGAGAGGCUUUGGUGAUACCGAUGCGCCGGCUGAUCAACGGAGCUACACGGUGAUGCACGUCGUGGGUGAUCUUAUUGGUGUUAUUGAUAACGUGGCUGGUGAGCAAGAACAGGUUUUUGUAGUAGGUCAUGAUUGGGGUGCUUACAUGGCUUGGUUUUUGUGUUUGUUUAGACCGGACCGGGUCAAGGCUCUGGUUAACCUUAGCGUAUCGUUUAUUCCAAGAGAUCCUCGAACCAAACUUGUUGAAACGAUGAGAAAUAUGUAUGGGGAGGAUUACUACAUGUGCAGAUUUCAGGCGUUAGGAGAGGCAGAAGCUGAAUUUGCAGAGCUUGGUACAGAAAGAGUCAUUAAGGAAUUUCUAACAUUGGUUCAUCCAGGUCCUCUGUUCUUACCUAAAGGUAAACCUUUUAGCCGAUCGCCGGAAAAUCCACUUGUCUUGCCGUCUUGGUUGUCUGAGGAAGAUGUCAAAUAUUACACCACCAAAUUUGAGAAGAAAGGCUUCACCGGAGGAAUCAACUAUUACCGGAAUAUUGACUUAAACUGGGAGCUGACUGCACCAUGGACGGGGGCUCAAGUGAAAGUGGCCACUAAAUUUAUAGUGGGUGAUGAAGACCUGUGCUAUAAUUUACUGGGAAAUAAGGAUUAUAUAGAGAAGGGUGGGUUCAAGAGAGAUGUUCCUUCUUUACAGGAACUAGUGGUCAUGCAAGGAGCUGCACAUUUCCUCAAUCAAGAAAAACCUGAGGAGAUUAACAAACACAUUGCAGAUUUUUUUCAGAACUUCUGAUUUUAUACUACUCAAAUAUAAGAGCCUUUUUUCUUCUUCUUCUUCUUCUGUGUUCUUAGUUUAAUUUAAUAUUUGAAUCAAGAUAAAUUUUGUUAUGAAUUUUUAUUUCAUGUCAUCAGAAUGUAAAAGAAAUGAUUUCAAAUAUGUUUCCAUUUUUCA